AUGAUGGAAUUUGAUUUAAAAGAAGUAUUUUCAAUUUUGGAUGAAAAUAAUGAAGGACAAAUUCAGUUACGUCGUUUUGUUGAUGUUGCUAAUAAUUAUUAUUCAGAUGCUGAACAACUUGAUCGAAUUAUUAAAGCAUUAGAUCCUAAAAAUACGGGUUUAAUUAAUUUUCAACAAUUUUGUCAUGGUAUUGCUCAAAUAAGUUCAUUACAAGGUGUUUCAUUAAAAGAUGUUGCAUCAGAUUUAACACGUCUUAGUCGUGAAAAUUCAUUAUUAGAAGAUUCUGAUCAACGUAGUUUGAAAACAAAUAAUGGUUUUGAUUUUUCUUCAUUAACUUAUUUAUCAAAUCUUCAAAUUGAAGAGAAUCAAGAAGGUAGUACAACAACCUUUAACGAGUACGACGUUGACGGUGAAGAAACCUCUCCUCAUACCAAAAUACAAUCAACAAAUAAUAAAAUCAAUAAUAAAACCAAACAUACUAAUCAUAAUCGAUCGAUUUCAUCAACAUUGGAUUCAUCUGUUUUCGGUGAAGAAGAAGAAUUUACUGGUACAGCUGAACCGGAUUCAAAUAAUCCUUCAUCUGAUUCAAUAAAACAUCCACGUACCGGUACAUCUCAACGUAUAUCGGAAGUAUCAAAACGAAAUAAUCCUUUAAAAUUAACUAUUCCAUCGGAAGAAAUCGAUCAACAAUUACAAGAAAGUGUUGAUGAAUUACACAAAACUGUUGACGAUUUAACGAAACAAAAACAGACAACAACUGAUCGUUUAGCUAAAAUUCAAAAUGAAAAUACAGAUUUAAAAAACCGACUUUUAGCACUUGAAGAUCGUUUUCACGAUCUUGAAGGACAACAAUCACGUACAACACAAAGUGAACAACAAAAAUACGUUGACUAUAUUAAUCAAAAAGAUCGAAAUUUUGUACAAGAGAAAGAAAUUCUACAGACAAGAAUUAAUGCAAUUGAAACUGAACUUAAACAAACACAAACAACAAAUGGACUAAUGAAAAAAGAUGUUAAACUAUUAAAAGAGGUAAUUAAUGAUUCUUAUUAUUUUAUUGCAAAUCAAAAUUUAAUGAAAACAGUCAAAUUACUUCGAUUGAUUAAUAUUCUUUGUCUUAAGGCUGGAAUAGUUUUGAUAACUAAUUAA